GGACUGUGAGGUGAGACCCUGAGCCCAGAUCUCCAGGAGCCACCGAGGGCUGCCGUCAGGAGCUGCCACCAUGUCGGGGAAAUUUGAGAUUAUGAACAUGGACAUGAAGGAGGGGACAACCCUGAAGAUCAAGGGCAAGAUCGCAGAUGAUGCUGAUGGCUUUGUGAUUAAUCUGGGCCAGGGGACAGAUAAACUGAACCUGCAUUUCAACCCACGUUUCGGUGAAUCCACUGUUGUCUGCAACUCACGGGAUGGCAACAGCUGGGGGCAGGAGCAACGGGACAGUCACAUGUGCUUCAGCCCGGGAUCAGAGGUCAAGCUCCUCGUGACCUUCGAGAACAACGAAUUCAAGGUGAAGCUGCCAGACGGGCACCAGUUGACCUUUCCCAACAGGCUGGGCCACGACCACUUGAGCUACCUGAGUGUGCAGGGCGGGUUCAACAUCUCCUCCUUCAAGCUAGACUGAGGGCAGCACCUCGCCAGAACGCAAGACCCCGGAGCGGAUUCCCGCUCCUGACCCCCAGCUACCGCCAGUCACGCGGAAUCACGCGGAAUCAGCAGCCCUUGGGUCCCGGCUUCCCAUCUGCUGUUCCUAACCCUCUGCGCUCAUCCCCCAAGGCUAAGAACCAACAAAAGAACCCACCUUUAUAGAGUCUUUCCGUGGUAGGAACUGUGGUGCUUUCCAUUAUUUUAAUGCUCCCAGCAUCCUCAUGAUACAGAUGAGGAAACUGAGGCAUAAGGUCCUUGGACUGCCAAGUGGGGGCUGGGGGUUGGGACGUGCUCCCGAACACCUCUAAGCCACCAGUCCUGCCUGCUUGUCCCCUUUUGUCACCAGGGCAAGUGCCAAGCUGCCCUGUGGGAUUAUGGUUCCAGGCACCUGGGCCAGGGGCUGUUCCCGGAACUAUAGAUAAGGGCUCCCACCUGGGCCUCUUAUCUCAGGGCUAGUCAUUCCGGCCUAAUUACUCAUUACCCAGUGCCUCGGCCCCUCCCCUCACUGGGGCCCCCUGGG